AAUUUUCCCACUUGUCAAAUGCUAGUUUUCCAUCCAUUUCCCGCCCUGGGAAAAUGCAAUGUAUUUUCAAUCGAGAAAAUUUGUGGAAUUCCGACUGAUUUGGAAGUGAAACUGUGUCGUCCUCAUCGGGUAGCGCUCGGGAUUAAUUAGUGCGUUGGAAUUGUCCCUCAGGGGCCUAAGCACAGUCAAUUCGAAUUGGUUUUUCGAUUGACCUAGUAAAUUCCACUAAAACCAACAACACAACAUCCAGUCAAAACAAUGUUGGCAAAAUCGAUACUUCUUCUCGGGAUGGUCUGGUGCUUUGCCCUGGGUGGUUCCGUGACGGCCACUUACCUAUCGGAUGAUGUCUAUGUCUCAGAGCUGUUUUCGCUUCGAGUGGAACCUCGAAUGUUCAACUGGACCUUCCAGGGGCUGACCGAGCAGUUUCAGUAUCGCCCUUCCCUAGAGGGGUAUCCGGAUCUUCCCUCUUGGGUGCGGUACAUGUACAGCAGCGAGUAUCAUUCCGGAUUUCUGUACGGAACUCCUCCGGAACGGGUCGCCGAUAGGAAGGUCCCAAUCGAGAUAAUUGCACUGAAUAAGGCAACGUACGAAACGAAAAGGAUUGUGCUGAUUCUGUCGGUGCAUCGCAAGCCACCACCAAGAAACGUGAUCCAGAUGAAGAUCGACAAUUUGAACUGGGUGCACAUGAUGGACCCGGGAAGGAUCGAGAAUUUAAAGAACAUCUUCCGGAACGAUCUGUGGCAGGAGAGCCGUCAGGAUUUACACAUCAUUUUCAUGGACUCGGCCAUCAAAUUGGGCGCAAGAUUGCCUCUGAGGCCGCAACAGCGGGAGGGAGUGGUCGUCCAUCUGGGAAGCAGGGCUGAUUUCUCCGGGAGGUUGCUGGAGUUGCAGGAAGAGGUCAAGCCACUGUACAAGAUUGCAUCGUGCAACUAUAAGAGGACGUCGGUUCAGACAACGUUUGAGAGCUCUGGAUUCAAGCUGGAUUGGUGCGCUUUUAAACUGCAUGCCGCAGAUGACGAUAUAACCGCGAUGCCACAUCAUCCCCACGAAAGCCACAAACCGGCCAAAGGUUCCGAGCUGAGUACGUUGCGCCGUUCGGACAAGUGGGAUGCGCCAAUGAAGUCCGAAGUGCCGGAUCGAAACUACAGCGAUGAGUUCGCCGUUUCGUUCGCCAUUCCCGGGAUGAUCUUUGCCGUUCUGCUGUCGGUGCUGACGGUGAUCCUUUGCUUUCAGCACGAGAAGUUGCGUGACGACGAUUCUGAAUAUUAUUUCGAUUUUCUCUUUAACAUUUGUACAGAUUUCUUCAGAUUGAAAAAAUCUUACAGACAUGAAUAUCGUCCUGCUCAACCGGUACAAAUGGUUCAAUACUCUCAACCUGUUCCACCGACUGGGACACUCAAGAGCUUGAAGGAUGCCCCUCCGCAUGAGGAAAAUCUCAGUCUGCGAUCUACGAGCCCUUCGGAGAGCUACUACCGUGAUGGCAGCCCCCGGAUUGGGAAUUCAUAUCUUCGCCCGAAGCCGCCACCGUACAAGCCGUCUGGAGGAUCGAACUGUUCCACAAUGCAGCGGAAGGCUCCGAUUGGAGUGGACAUAUGACCGGUAGAACCUCGGGUUUUGUUCUGCUAAAUGGAAGAUAUGCGCACAAGGAUAAAGCAUACAUUAGUAGUCUACAAGGUAGUAGCGAAAGUAAGCAAUUGGAAUAGUUAAAUAUGAUAUCGUCAUUGCUGUAGUGUUAGUCAAAUACAUUAAGAUAAAUAGUAUAACGCAAAUAAAUGAACAAUAAUCAGGAGAAUACACAAUCUAACAAAAAAAAAAACAUAUCUGACCACUCUAUAAACAUCUUACGUUCUAAAGA